GCCUGAAGUUGAAGGCCAAAGAGGGAGAGGAGGGCCCAGAGCACAGGCUGCAGCCAGUGGGAUGGCAAAGGGUCACUCUAAAAAUUGCUGCUGCUGGGACGUGUCAGGUGGCUGCUGGUGGCUCCCCACUGGAUUUUCCUCUCUCUCUCUCUCUCUCUCUCCACAGAUUGCUUCUCAAAAGGAGUCUGCUACUAAAACUCCACCAUCUAAAGUCGGGGACGCCACUCACACAGGAGGAUAAGGAGCCGGGGCCACGGUCUCCGAAUUGGUAAGCUCUUGCCUGUGACAGUGUAUUUACCAACAUGGCCCCCAAAAAGAAGACUGUCAAGAAAAACAAGGGUGACGUCAAUGAGAUGACCAUCAUUGUAGAAGACAGUCCCCUCCACAAACUUAAUGCUUUGAACGGGCUCCUAGAGGGAGGCAAUGGCCUUAGCUGCAUUUCUUCUGAAUUAACAGAUGCUUCUUAUGGCCCAAACCUCUUGGAAGGUUUAAGUAAAAUGAGGCAGGAGAACUUUCUUUGCGACUUAGUCAUCGGCACCAAAACCAAAUCCUUUGACGUUCACAAGUCAGUGAUGGCUUCAUGCAGUGAGUACUUUUACAACAUCCUAAAGAAAGAUCCAUCUACCCAAAGGGUGGAUCUCAAUGAUAUCUCACCACUGGGCCUGGCCACUGUCAUCGCAUAUGCCUACACUGGAAAGCUGACUCUCUCCUUGUAUACCAUAGGAAGCAUUCUUUCUGCUGCUGUUUAUCUUCAGAUCCAUACCCUUGUCAAGAUGUGCAGUGAUUUUCUGAUUCAAGAGAUGAGUGUUGAGAACUGCAUGUACAUUGCUAACAUUGCCGAAACGUACUCCCUGAGAAACGCAAAGGCGGCCGCCCAAAAAUUCAUCCGGGAUAACUUCCUUGAAUUUGCAGAAUCAGAUCAGUUUAUGAAACUCACAUUUGAGCAAAUUAACGAACUUCUUAUAGAUGAUGACUUACAGUUGCCUUCUGAAAUAGUAGCAUUCCAGAUUGCAAUGAAAUGGUUAGAAUCUGACCAAAAGAGAGUGAAAUACGCUGCCGAUCUUUUGAGCAAUAUUCGCUUUGGUACCAUCUCUGCACAAGACCUGGUCAAUUAUGUUCAGUCAGUACCAAGAAUGAUGCAAGAUGCUGACUGUCACAAGCUUCUUGUAGAUGCUAUGAACUACCACUUACUUCCCUAUCAUCAAAACACGUUGCAGUCUAGACGCACGAGAAUCCGAGGGGGCUGUCGUGUCCUUGUCACUGUAGGGGGCCGUCCAGGCCUUACUGAGAAGUCCCUUAGUAGAGAUGUUUUGUACAGAGACCCUGAAUAUGGAUGGAGCAAACUUACAGAGAUGCCAGCCAAGAGUUUUAAUCAGUGUGUGGCUGUGAUGGAUGGAUUCCUUUAUGUGGCCGGUGGUGAAGACCAGAAUGAUGCAAGAAAUCAAGCCAAGCAUGCAGUCAGCAAUUUCUGCAGAUACGACCCCCGCUUCAACACCUGGAUCCACCUGGCCAGCAUGAACCAGAAACGCACGCACUUCAGCCUGAGCGUGUUCAACGGGCUCCUCUACGCCGUGGGCGGCCGCAACGCCGAGGGGAGCCUGGCCUCGCUCGAGUGCUACGUGCCCUCAGCCAACCAGUGGCAGCCCAAGGCGCCCCUGGAAGUGGCGCGCUGCUGCCACGCCAGCGCAGUAGCCGACGGCCGCGUGCUAGUGACCGGCGGCUACAUCGGCGGCGCGUACUCGCGCUCCGUGUGCGCUUAUGACCCGGCCCGCGAUGCGUGGCAAGAGCUGCCGGCGCUUAGCACGCCGCGGGGCUGGCACUGCGCGGUGGCGCUGGGCGAGCGCGUGUACGUGAUGGGCGGCAGCCAGGUGGGGCCGCGCGGCGAGCGCGUGGACGUGCUGACCGUGGAGGGCUUCAGCCCCGCCACCGGUCAGUGGAGCUACGCGGCGCCGCUGCCCGUGGGCGUGAGCACUGCGGGCGCCUCAGCGCUGCACGGCCGCGCCUACCUGGUGGGAGGAUGGAACGAGGGCGAGAGGAAGUACAAGAAGUGCAUCCAGUGCUUCAACCCCGAGCUCAACGAGUGGACGGAGGACGACGAGCUACCGGAGGCCACCGUAGGCGUAUCAUGCUGCACUCUGGCCAUGCCCAACCACGUGACCCGGGAGUCCCGCGCCAGCUCAGUGUCGUCGGUGCCCGUCAGCAUCUGAACCCGGGGAGCCUUGGGCUCGCGGGAAGGGCAGAUGUGCGUCGCGGUUAAUCUGUGAGCUCGCGGAAAGGAAAAUAUGUACCAUUUACUACAGCGGCGUCUUUUCAGAUACAUCGAGGCAGAUGUCUUGGUGUUUUCAGUUGCUGGUGUGGCAUCAUCUACCUCUCUGUCGAUUUUUUUUUUUUUUUUUAAGCAAAAUGCAAGGCCAGAGGCAACAAAGAAACCAUUUAUUUCAGCGGCCACUGGGUGGCAGACAUCACUUGUGGUAGGCACUCCCAUCGAGGCAUCUUUCCUAAAUGUAGAGCGGUUACACCCACAUUUGAGAUUGUGCAUCUCCACUUCAGUACACACGAAGCUUUUGUAAGAGAUUUCACAUAUAAAAGGUUAUUUUACUCUUGCUCUAUUUUUCUUUAGGAAGUUUAAGAUAUUCCUUUAUAGGCUUUAUUUUUAAAUGGAAAUCCGUUUACAUCCAUAAGGACUUAAGAUUUAAUUCUGUAUUUCAGUGCUGUUUCUUUUCCUAUACAUGCCUGAGUAAAGGACUUCGAAAGGAAUCCCAUGAGAAAAUCAUAAAGCUUAAGACAAAGUCUGACUGUAAAGUAACAGGGAUUCCACCCAGGGGCUGACCAGUUGAUGCUUUUGGUUUAGCAGGUGAUCCCCUCCUGCCUGCCUCAGGCCCCUCAAAAUACUUCCUAUCACAAAAUUUUACUCUCAGAGAAGGAACUGACAUCAGUCAUUUAACUUAUAGUGUAAAUGUAAAUCAUGUUGUUGUUUCUCCUAGAAGCAUUUGCAUUUUGGUCCCCUAUUAAAGGAAUUGCAACUCUUACCCUCACUCUAAAAACUACACCAAGAUGACUGAAGGCAAACUUGACUUUCAUGUAGGCCCUCAGAAGAACACCAAAUGAAACCAUGUCUGUAAAGAUCAUUAACUUAAAGCAUAUACAGCCUAAAGGUUAUGCAACCAAUAACAAUAAUUUAAUUUCUUCUGCUUUUGUUUGUUUCUUUUUGUGGCUGCCCGUCUCAUGUGGAAGUUCCCAGGUGAGGGAUCAAAUGAGCACCACAGCAGUGGCUACAGCAGCAACCCCAGCCACUGCAGUGACAAUGCCAGAUCCUUAACCUGCUGCUCUACAAGAAUGAAGGAAACAUUUGUAAUUCUUCGAUUUGGCAAUAGCAGAAUUAAUGGAUUCUCCUGAUGGUAAAUGCUAUUGUUUACCAUUUCACAUCAAUCUUGAUUUCUUAAUUAAAAACCUAACACAUUCAUUUCAUAUAGAAAUCUUAAGAUAAUAUGUGCCUGUUCUAUUAUAUAUGUUUAAAUUUCACCUGUUCCAAAGUAGCUUUGCAAAUUAGACUAUAUCUACUCCAUAUCAUUUUUCUCAUAUGUUUGCCAAGUUUGGGAGUAAGGGAAUGAUUGUAGUAAAUGGCAUAUAUUUUCCUUUCUUAUAAUUUAUCAUUUUAUUCUUUGAUAGUUCAUUUGUUUUGGAGGAGAAGGGCCUAACAAUUAUGGGUUAUCUGCAAAUGGAUUUUGAAAAAUAAAACAAACUAUUUAAAUGGUUAAACAUGAGAUCUAUUGACACCAUAAUUGGGUUUUCAUGAAUCCCAUCCUCUCCUAACUUGUGUAGAUAGGUUAUUGUUAGAGUUAGAAUAUUUAUAUUUAAAAUAUUUUAUUCGAACUGUGAAAAGUGGUUCAUAUAGUAUACUUUGUGGAACAAUUUUAUAUCAUUGCCCUUUAUGAAAAGUUCAAUCUCUGGGUAUUUAAUGGCAACACUGGGUAAAGGCUAAAUCAUUGUAGGUUGAGAAUAAGACAUUAUUAAUGUAAAAACAUUACUCUUUCCUCACCCCACACAGGGCAUGAGGAGCUUCUCCAAGUACAAAGCAGAUCUUCUCCUUGAUUCUUUACUGGCCCAGGCUGAAAAUUAAAGUUGUGUGAGAAGCCAGUUUAUGGAGCAAGUCACACCAUUGAGCUCUUAAGUCGCCAAAGGACAACCUAUACAUAGACUUUUGUCCUAGCAGCACCAUUGGCAAAAAUUAAGUUUUUAUUUUUAAUAAGUUAUUUUGGCUACAAUGUCCAAAGCUUAUGUGAGGGUGACUGUAACAUCUUUCAGUUUGGCAUAAAUAUAUAGUCUCAUACAAUGAGAAACUUGUAGCGUAUUGUGAAUUUUGAGAGAAAAAAGUGAUGCAUUAUGGAUUACAGGUCAUAAGUGGGAAAGCAGGCAAAAUUCCUUAAUGUUCAAUUAAGAGAUGUGUCUCCCGUUGAUCCUAGAGGUAUUGUGAAUGGGAGGGUAGGGCUAAGGCUGGAAUGCAAUAAAAAUCAAUCAAUUAUCAUAUUUUAUCAUGGACGAAUGAAGAAAGAUGCUGAAACUAGAGGAUUUUUUCAUCCAUCAGAGCUUGAUAAAAUAUUGGUGCACAGAAAACUUGGCAGUGGCUUUCUAGAGGUGAAUCUGGAGAUGUGCUAAAAUGAACAAAUCAUUUGAAAUUAACCGCUUAACAUAUUUUCUACAUUUUGGAUAUCUAAAUACUCAGAGAAUAUAAAUAUUCGGGCUACCCAGGUUCCUGGGUGCACUGCUGUUUUAUUUUCUGCUUCAACAGUUAGGUCAAUAAACAAAGACCAUUGAAAUUUUGGAAUUCCAGAAUUUCUGACAAAAAUUGGUAGGGAGCCUGGAACUUAAUGGCUGGUGAAGGUUUUACAACCUGGGAACAUCCUGCAUUGAUAAUGGAAACACGUGAAAAUAUAAAGAAUCAAAAGAACGCCUAUCAUCUUUCACCUGUGAGUGAAACCCACUCUUUAAUCCAACUACUAAAGCAGGUGCUCCUAGAAUACUUGAUUUCUCUGUAUUUCCCAACUGGAAAAUUAUUUCAUUUUCCUUGUGUUUGAAGCUUACAUUCAAUCACAUUCCCAAGUCUUAGGAUCCAACCCUGUUCCUCCUUUUAUUUUUCGUAAGCAAAGGACUUGUUAUUUUUGUAAUACCAGAGUCGUGUGAUGAAAUAAAAGCAUCAGUUCAGUGUAUCAGAGACAUAGCAGGUUAUCCAGCAGCUGAAAUAAUAAAACUGAAGCUCUCUUUUUCUGAAUUGGCCAGAAACCUGAUGUGAAAGUUUCCAGGAAACCAGACUGUAGUCUGUCCAUUUUUAGUUAGGCUCUUGAUGCUGAGUUGUUAUCCCUGAUGCAUUAGUUGCUUUCAGUGGUGUUGGAUGAGUUUUAUUUUUAUUUCCUAUGUUGUAAGAAUGGUUAUGAAUAGAAGGUCCGGGACGGGAGAGAGAAAUAAAAUUCUAAGCAAGGAUGAGAUGGUAGUAGAGUGUUAUAAGUGAGGAGGUAUAAUUAAUGUAAUAAGGAUGUGAGAAUGUACUGACUGACUGGUUCUAUGAUUUAAGGUAGAGCAAUAAUGAUAAUAAGUGUAUUUUACAAACAUGCACAAAGUAAAUAGAGGUUUGCCUGGUUCAUAGGUCCAUUUUUUGCUGGUUAUCCUGGCCAAAUAUCUUCAGAAUUCAUCCAAACUACUAGAUAAAAGAAACUAAAAUCAUUUCGUUUAAUUUUUUUUUCCCUGAGUUACAAAGAAAUAAAUUUAUGUGACCUACUCUGCAUAAGUCAUCUCUAAAUAAGCUGGGUCUCCAUCCCAGCCACUGAUGGAUAUAUCCUCUAGCACAAGGCAACAUUCAAAGGAAUUAUUUUUCAAUAUUUCUUUUCAUACUUCGAAAACUAUAACCUAGUUUCCUGAACACUCCUCCAUGGUAAUUAUGAGAACUAAAGAUUCGAAAGUGUAACUAUUUACCUACCAUCCAGCACAUCCAGAGGGUAAAGACCAUUUAAUGUCCCUCUCAGGGAAUUUGAAAUCAAAUACUAUCUUGGAAUACUCCUAAAAAUCUUUGUGUUGAUUCAGCAACUUUUGGUUAAAAAAAAAAAUUGUUUGCUUAAAACAUUCUUGUACUAUCUAAGGAACAAUAAAAGGGGCAUCGUGUUUGUAAUUGCCUAUCAAUAAAGCUGCCUUCAAUAAGCAUUGAAUCAGCGAGCCAA